CAAUGGGUGAAUGUCCCCACCAUUGUUCCCUAAAAGCUGGGGCUGGGCCAUUUCAAUCGAUGAUGCUGCCUCUACUUCUACCGACCGUCUUGUCUUUCCUUUGUCCCUAAUUCCUAAUUCCAUUCAUUCAUGUCCCCUCCCCCCUCCCAUCCUCUUUCUUCUCAUUCUUCUUCUUCAAUCAUUUCACCAGUCAAUCUUCAACACCUCAUCUCUCUCUCUCUUAUCUUCUCUCUCUACAAAGAUCUUAUUAGCUCAGCUCAACUCUGUUGGUAAAGUAAGAAAGAAAGAAUCAACAAAAUGGUUGGAUACGAGGACGAUGGAGGUCUGAAUCUCAAGGCCACUGAACUCAGACUUGGCCUACCGGGUAGAGACUUGGACGAGAACAAGGAUAUAAUCAAAUUGUUGUCUACUGAGAGAAACAACAACAAGAGAUCGUCGCCGGUGACUGCCGACGACACAGGAUCCAAGACCAGUUCAGAAAUCAAAGAUGAAAAAGCAGAGGAAGAAGAAGAAGACCGUUCUAUUGCCCCUCCGGCUCCCAAGGCUCAAGUGGUUGGAUGGCCACCGGUGAGAUCAUAUAGGAAGAAUAUUAGCUUCCAACAAUUAGGAAAGAAAGAAGAAGGUGGUGGUGGUGGUGGUGGGAUGAUGAUCUAUGUUAAAGUAAGCAUGGAUGGAGCUCCUUAUCUAAGGAAGAUUGAUAUCAAGGUCUAUAAUGGCUACCCAGAUCUCAUAAAGGCUCUAGAAACUAUGUUCAAGAUGACCAUAGGUGAUUACUCUGAAAGAGAAGGUUACAAAGGAUCUGAAUAUGCUCCUACUUAUGAAGACAAAGAUGGUGAUUGGAUGCUUCUGGGAGAUGUUCCAUGGGAAAUGUUCAUGUCAACAUGCAAGAGAAUGAGAAUCAUGAAAGGAUCAGAGAUCAAGGGCUUGGGUUGUGUCAUUUGAUUUCAUAACAACAACAACAACAACAGCCCGAUCAUCGGGUUGGUGAUGAUGGAUUUGGUUUAUGGAGAUUCUAGGUUUUGGCUUUUAUGUUGUAAUCCAUCCCCUUUUUUACACACUAAAACAGCCAUACAUAUAUAUCUGCUUAAUUAGUAUGUAGAAAGCAAAUAAUAAUGUUGUAAAGAUAAACAGAGAGAAUGAAUCACUUAUGCUUAUUAUAUUCAACCUUUUAUUAGCC